AUGUCGAACUCGAUCAUACAACUACUUGCUUCUGACAAAUUUAACGAAGAGGGUUACUCGAAUUGGAAAUCAAAUAUCAAUACAAUAUUAGUAGUAGAUGACUUAAGGUUUGUGUUAACGAAGGAACGUCCUCCAGUUCCCAGUUCAACGGUGACCCGAAAUGUUCGGGAUGUUUAUGAUAGCUGUAUAAGGGCGAACGAAAAAGCUCGGGCCUAUAUCUUGGCGAGUAUAUCUGAUGUACUCAACAAGAAAUAUGAGGUCAUACCCACAGCUCGUGAGAUCAUGGCAUCUUUACAGAAGAUGUUCGGGCAACCGUCAUCGUCUGUUAGACAUGAAACCAUUAAAUAUGUGUAUGUGACACGUAUGAAGGAUGGGACCAAUGUGAGAGAACAUGUUCUUGACAUGAAUGGGCAAUUUUAA